AUGUCUGACAUUCCACCUUCGAGACUUGACUAUGACCUGCACUAUGACGAUGCAGGUAAUGCAUAUGCUCGUGACCACCUCGGUGCUUGGCAGCCUCACCCUGGUAUUGCACAAACUGUAACGGCCUCGUCGCAGACCUCAAGACCUGAUCGAAUUGCACACCAAGGCCUUGGUGGUCAUGCAUCCCUCACUCCGGCCACACCACACCGCACUUCCUCUCUUCACAUGCAAAAUGGUUCGCGCAUCACAGCACGUGAGCCAGUCAUUGAUCCAGCUCUUCUCCCACUGCCCGAGAGCACUGAUCAAGACUUGGUGGAUCCCGUGUCCAUUGCGGAGGCCCAUGGGUAUACCCCUGUGACGAAAACUGCUGGCGCUCGUCGCAAGGUCCAAGCAUCAAAAGGUAAAGGAAAGGUAAAACGGCCUCGUGAGAUCACGGAGGACGACAAUGAUGCCAGAGCCAAACACGGGCGGCCUUCUGGCUCCAACAACUACACGUCAGCUGAUGUAAAAGCACUUCUUAACUUUGUCGAAGAUGAACUCCCGCUCGGUCAGCGAGGCUGGCAGGUGAUACACACCAAAUUCGCCGAGUGGUCAAAGGCUCGUGGUCGUCCUGAUCGCAAACUCAAUUCACUCGAAACUAAAUUCAAACAGCUUGUCAAAACUACCAAACCCACUGGGGAUGGGGUCUGCCCUCCUGAUGUCACUCGAGCACACUAUAUCGACUCGCUCAUCAACGAACGAGCAGGGACAUGUGAUCUCAAUGAUGAGGAUUUUGACGACCAAGAUGCAGGCAGUCACACGGACUCGUCUAGCCAAGAUGAGCCACAGCAUGUCGCAGUUGCAAGGGCCACUCGAACCGAUGCUCCUGUCCCACGUUGCAAUGCACGUGGUGCCGCUGCUUCAGAGCUGCUGACUCGUCUAUCGGGUGCAUUUGAUCCAGCACAGCAACUGCGGGACUCACAGGCCACCAAUGAAAAUCUUCGGAACCAACUCUUUGACUUGCGUGCGAGGCUGUACGAUGUUGAACGUGCUCGUGACAAGGCCGAGUUGCGUGUGGAGAUGUUGGACAUGAAAGUAUCCGGCCGCCAUCGAAGACUGCAUUCGCCCCUUCCCAAAGAGAAGACUAUGGUGUCAGAGUGGUACCCAGAUGGUGGGCAAUCAAUAAGGUGGAUAACUGAUGACGAGUUCGAACCUUAUGAUGAUGUCCCCUCUGGCGGGCCAUCACGUGGAUAUGAGGCCAGGAAGCACUUGUUGAAUGAUGGCCGCAGACGUGUUGGAAAGGCCAAGGAGGACAUUUCGGAUGACGAGUCUACUAGUGUAGUGCACCAUGAGGUUUCUACGGAGAUUUGA